UCCUUCUAGAGAGAAGGACGAGCUUAGCCUUGGCUUGGGAAACCCCGAGCACCCAGGCCGUGUCAGGGGGUUAGGGAAACAUAAGACCUGGAAGGAAGGAUUUCGAGAGGAUGUGGAGAUGUACAAGAAACAUGGUAGAAACCGGGAGGAGAGUCUUGCCACCCUAGUGAAGACCCUAGUUGCCAAGGAACUACAGGAGCAAGGACUGUCUACUGAGCGACGGUCACAAAUGGAGCCGCCUAGGGAUUUGGUUCUAGUUGGUAGCCCUCCAAAUGUUCAAAGCAGCCAAGGUUCCAAUGCAGCCUCCGCCUCAGUCGAUCACAUACGGGUGCCAACUCGUUGCAUCCUGUUGAUUCCCAUCGGUAGGGGACAGGAGAUGGCUGAGGUGGCAACGGGUCUGGCACAUCCUCCAAUUCCAGGCGACAUCUGGCACCAUAAACCGGUCCCGGCCGACUAUAGUAAGGUUGAGGUGCAUACCGUGAAUCCCGAGUACGCGAAGCAUAAGAUUGAACACCCAACUAGCGAGGGGAUUCGUGAGCUUGGACUACUCAUGAAACAGUUCAUCCUAUGGUACAAAAAGGAUAUUGUGUUGAAUGUUUCCUCGCCAACUCCAAGUGAUGUACACCUGGAGAGAGUCCACCUUGAGGAUGGAGCGGUGUAUUCACCGUCUCAUGAGGACCACUUGAUGCAUGAGAGGGUACCGGCUUCUCCAACCGCUGGUGAGCAAGGGGUCGAGCCAGGGCAUGAUGAGACGCCACAUGAGCCUCAAAUAGGUGAACCUUCUGUAGCUCGUGCGGAGCCAGAGCAUGAGAUGCCACAUGUGCCUCAGAGUCCGCAAUCUUCUACAGCUCGUGCCGAGCCAAAGCGUGAUGAGACACCACAUGUGCCUCAUAGCCCAAAACCUUCUACAGCUCGUGCCGAGUCAGAGCAUGACGAGACACCACAUGUGCCUCCUAAGCCACAACAUUCUCCAGCUCGCCCCGAGCAAGGCCAUGAUGAGAUGGCACAGACUUUUCAACAAGCACCGCCGACACAUGAAGAACUACUCCCUCUAGUAUGUGAAGCUCGUGAAAAGAUCCCCAUCAUGAUAAGGUCGACAGGGUCAAAAUCUUUUGUGGAUAUGAAUGUCUCGGGUAUGUACAAGUGGUAUGCUCAUGACCAGUUCAAGCCUGAGAACCAAGGCCCGAACAAAUUUGCCUACAGGAUGCCCACUGACACCUCAGACUACACAACGAUAACAAAGUAUCCAGAUGUUGAAACCAUCAAGUGGUCAAAGGAUUGCCCGAAAGAAUAUGUAAAAGGCAAACGUUUCCUACCAAACCGGGUCUUGUGUAAGAUGCCAUAUGGAAUGAGAAGGUUCCAUGAUUGGUACUACUUGCAUGUUUCACGUACAGAACUGAAUGUGUUGGAAGCAGUAAUACCUGCUCGCACAUUUGGAGGCCCUGCUUCGGGUAUUGCCUUUGACUUCAGCGACAUCCAAUCAUGCUUUCACCUUAGUUCAAUGUCGAUGAAUCUGAUUCGCACUUGGUGCCUAAUGCAAGCAAACUUUAUGAAAUCUACACGCUCAACGAAAGCCGGGUAUGUAGACCCUAUGCCUAUAGCACAAAUAAAUUUUAAUUACCCAUCGAGAUGGGAAUUGGAUGCGCCACAGCUAGCUGCUGGAGGGACGUUGGCGGAGAAAGAAAAGAUCCGUGCGGCCAAAAUAAGAGAAGAGUCUCUUAAGGUUGCGGCAUGGCUUGCCGUAUGUUUAAAGAAUCUCCAACACUUCGAAACAAUAUGGAUUCCAUACCACUUCAACAAUCACUGGAUAGUCAUAGGUCUCGAUGUCGGGAUGAACAUGGCAUGGAUUUGUGAUUCUGCAGAUUUUGACCCUCACACAUAUAAAGACUUCAUGUCAAUUCUCAUUACGGCAUUCAGGGCCUAUGUCAAGAAUCACAAAGGAAGGCAUGAUCCAGGUCUGGGGAGCCACUUGCGUUUCAAAUCUCUAUGUUCGGUAAGUGCGACUUAGUUUGGCAUAAAAUUACUAAUUUUUUCAGUACUUAUACUUGACACAUCUCCAUUUGCAAAU